AUGCAACAACAAACGCGGAUAGUACAGUCAACAGUACAUGAUGUGGACAAAGAAAUGGUGAAAAUACAACGAAGCGAAACAGCGAUAAUAAAUAAUAUAAAUAAGUUGCAAAAUACAGCAAACAGAGCUGAUAAAAGAAUAAAUGAAAUGGAAGUUAGACAGAUAAUGAAUGAGCAAACUGAGGAGUUAAAUGUUCUUUUAACACAACAUUCAUUUCAAACUCACAAUCUGGUAGCAAUAAUUAAUACUGCUCAAGUGGGUCAUAUGCAUUCUAGCAUAAUUUCUGCAACAAAUUUCUUAGCAGAGUUACAACAGGUUAGAAUACAACUAGAUUCAAGAGAGAACUUUGCAGAGCAAGUCACAAUACAAAAUAUACAUAAAUUAAUGAGAAUGAGUAGCUUACAGGUGAUAAGAGUAGCAGAUACAUUAGUAUUCAUAAUAUCCAUUCCAAUCGUCCAAAACAGAGAUUAUAUCGUGUAUAUAAAGGAAUUCCACUACCUAUAA